UGGCGGCUGCAGAGGGGGCGCGCAGUGGCCGGAGGAAGACUGAACGACCCUGAAGGAAUUAGAUCUUUCUGGGCCAGAGGAAUAAAACGGUGCCGCCUCGUGAUCCCGCUGCCCGUUAGCGUAUAGUUGGACAAACCGAUCUGUCACACGUUAGCUAGCUGCCGUUGGAGGCAAGGUGGGUUCGCGUUGGAGAGGGGGAGCUAGCUUUGCUAGCGAGACUACACGUUAGCUAGCUAACGUUAGCGAGACUGGAAGGAGAGGUUCAGGAAUACUAUUCCGAAUAGGCCGUUCCGCCUUGGGGGAUGUGAUCCAGGAGGGAGGUGGGUUACGUCCCGCGAAUCUCUACUCAGAAUUGGGAAUAUGGGACAACAGGUAGGCCGCGUCGGGGAGGGGGCUUCGACGGGGCUCCAGCCACCUCAACCGCAGUCGCAACAGCAGCACCAGGGAAAGACGAACCGAGGGAGCAGCGCCGGGAGAAGACCACGGGAAGCUGCUACUACCGGGACGCCACCAGGCAGAGCUGUCGCUGUCAGCGUGCCGGAUCCGGGAAUCAAUAUAUUCACCCAACACUCAGAAGCCCUCCACCGGCCCUUCGGCCUGGACUCGGCGGCGCUGACGGAGGCAGUGCGCUGGAGCUCCAAGGAGAACCUGCUGGGCGCGGCCGAGAGCGACCCCAACCUCUUCGUUGCACUUUACGACUUCGUCGCCAGCGGUGACAACACGCUGAGCAUCACCAAAGGCGAGAAGCUCAGGGUGCUGGGCUACAACCAGAACGGGGAAUGGAGCGAGGUGCGCUCCAAGAACGGCCAGGGCUGGGUGCCCAGCAACUACAUCACGCCGGUGAACAGCCUGGAGAAGCACAGCUGGUACCACGGGCCCGUGUCGCGCAGCGCCGCCGAGUACCUGCUCAGCAGCCUCAUCAACGGCAGCUUCCUGGUGCGGGAGAGCGAGAGCAGCCCGGGCCAGCUGUCCAUCUCGCUGCGCUACGAGGGCCGCGUCUACCACUACCGCAUCAACACCGCCUCCGACGGCAAGGUAUACGUGACAGCCGAGAGCCGCUUCAGCACCCUGGCCGAGCUGGUGCACCAUCAUUCCACGGUGGCCGACGGGCUGGUGACCACGCUGCACUACCCCGCGCCCAAGUGCAACAAGCCCACGGUGUACGGGGUGUCGCCCAUCCACGACAAGUGGGAGAUGGAGCGCACUGACAUCACCAUGAAGCACAAGCUGGGCGGGGGCCAGUACGGAGAGGUCUACGUGGGGGUCUGGAAGAAGUACAACCUGACCGUAGCUGUGAAGACACUCAAGGAGGACACUAUGGAGGUGGAGGAGUUCCUAAAAGAAGCCUCAGUCAUGAAGGAGGUGAAACACCCAAACCUGGUGCAGCUAUUAGGUGUGUGCACAUUGGAGCCCCCCUUCUACAUCGUAACCGAGUACAUGCCCCAUGGGAACCUGCUGGACUACCUGCGAGAGUGUGACCGCGAGGAGGUCAACGCCGUGGUGCUUCUCUACAUGGCCACGCAGAUCUCCUCCGCCAUGGAGUACCUGGAGAAGAAGAACUUCAUCCACAGGGACCUGGCAGCGAGGAACUGUCUGGUCGGUGAGAACCAUGUGGUGAAGGUGGCAGACUUUGGGCUGAGCCGGCUGAUGACUGGAGACACCUACACAGCACACGCGGGGGCCAAGUUCCCCAUCAAGUGGACCGCCCCCGAGAGCCUGGCCUACAACACCUUCUCCAUCAAGUCCGACGUCUGGGCGUUCGGAGUGCUGCUGUGGGAGAUUGCCACCUAUGGCAUGUCGCCAUACCCGGGCAUAGACCUGUCUCAGGUGUACGACCUGCUGGAGAAGGGCUACCGUAUGGAGCAGCCUGAGGGGUGUCCCCCCAAGGUGUACGAGCUGAUGAGAGCCUGCUGGCAGUGGAGCCCCCUGGACCGACCAUCUUUUGCUGAGACACAUCAGGCCUUUGAGACCAUGUUCCACGACUCCAGCAUAUCUGAAGAGGUGGCCGAGGAGCUGUGCAAGACGGCCUCCUCCGGCCCCUCCAUGCCAGCGCACCCGUUCGGCCCCGACUUGCCCCUCCUGCCCUCCAAAUCGCGCACGCUAAAGAAGCACACAGAGAACAAGGAGAACAUCGAGGGGGGGCUGGACGGCAGGCAGGACCCCCCGGGACACGGCAGCCCCUCAGGCCUCGUGAGCAGCCUGCUGAUGGGUGAUGGUGCCGGAGGCUCCCCCGCGCUGCCCCGCAAGCAGCGUGACAAAUCCCCCAGCGGCCUCCUGGAGGACUCCCAGGAGACCACGUUCACACGGGACCGCAAGGCCGGCUUCUUCAGCUCCUUCAUGAAGAAGAAGUCCUCCUCCUCGUCCUCGUCUUCCUCCGCCCAGCCGCAGCAGAGCCUGCCCACCCCGCCCAAGAGGAGCAGCUCCUUCCGCGAGAUGGAGAACCAGCCGCACAAGAAGUACGAGCCCACAGCCGGCUUCGCCAACUUCGCCCCGCCCCCUCCGCUGCCCCAGGCGGACGGGCUGGGCUUUUCUCCGUCCCACGGUGAGGGAAACCACAUCCAGUCGCGCUGCUGCGGGGCCACUUUCGGACAGAAGACCUCCGCAGCUGGGGGCGCGGGGGCCGGGGCCCCGUCUCCGGCGGCUGGCAGUGGCGGCAGCAGCAGCAGCUGGGCGGGGCUGGCAGGGUUCUUCACCCCCCGUCUCAUAAAAAAGACCCUGGGGCUGCGGACUGGAAAGCCGUCCGGGGCGGAGGACGGGGGCGGGGGGAGCAAGCCCUUCCCUAGGUCCAACUCCACCUCUUCCAUGUCAGCUGGGCUGCCGGACCUGGAGCGCAUGGCCCUCACUCUGCCCAGGAACCGCAGCAAGCCCCCGCUGGAGCGCACCGCCUCCACCACCUCCCAGCCGGAGAACGGGGCCACGCGCUCCUCCGAGGCCCUCCUGCGCAAGCUGGACGAGGGCACGGCACAGAUCCGGGACCGGCCCAAGGCCAAGCUGCUGCCCCGGGGGGUAGGGGGAGCGAGCGGGGCGGGGGCGGCGACGGCGCUGAGGGCGCCAGGGGUCGGAGGCGAAGCGGAUUCAGACGGCCACUCGCGGGGGAGGGAAGGGCAGGAGGCGGUGGUGCAGGACAGGCAGGGGUGGGCCUCUCCCUCCAAAUCGACCAGCUUGGGCCCGUCCACCACCCCCCACAACCACAAGGUGCCGGUGCUGAUCUCGCCCACGCUGAAGCACAGCCCCGCCGAUGUGCACCUGGUGGGCGUGGACUCUCAGGGGAACCGCUUCAAGCUCCUGUCGGAGCACCAGGCUGACCGGGACCGGCCCAGGCUGGUCAAGCCCAAGUGCGCCCCUCCCCCGCCCCCCACCCUGCGCCUGCUGCAGCACCCCUCCUCCAACUACAGCGGCGACGGGGCGGAGGAGCAGGCCGGCGUGGAGGUGAACGGCGACAGCCUCAGACGGCCGGGGAGGGCGGGAGGGGGAGGGGGAGGGGGGAGACCGUCAGUGCCGCCACCGCAAGUGCCUCCGCCGCCCUCCGCCACCUCCUCGCCCUCCGCGUCCGCCGGCGGCGCCACCCCGACCAAGAUGGCCAACGGUGCCGCCAGCACCGCCCCCUCGCCCUCCACCCCCGCGGGGGGCGCCAAGGUGGCGCUGCGGCGGACUCGGCAGCAGGCGGAGAGGGUGCCGCUGGAGAAGAUCAGCAAGGAGGCCCUGCUGGAGUGCGCGGAGUGCCUGAGCAGCGCCCUGCACGGAAGCCCCGAGCCCUCCUCCAGCAGCCAGGUGCUGGACGCCGGCCACCAGCUGCUGGACUACUGCUCCGGCUACGUGGACUGCAUCCCGCAGAUGCGCAACAAGUUCGCCUUCAGGGAGGCCGUGGGCAAACUGGAACUGAGCCUGCAGGAGUUGCGGGCGUCCUCGUCGGGCGGAGGUGGCCUGGGACAGAGCCCGGCCUUGGACAACUUGCACACCUGCAUCAAGGAAAUCAGUGAUGUGGUACAGAGGUAGCCACCACACACUCCACCG